AUGCGUGUCUCUAUUGUCGCCGCCGUUGCUUUCUCGGCCUUGGUCGCCGCCAACAACGAAGCUAACGCGUUCAACAAUCCCCCUGGGGGCUAUCAGUUCACGGCGGGGAAGCCUACUACCUUGACCUGGAACCCCGACACCACUGGCUCUGUAUCGUUGCGCCUGCAGUCCGGUUCCGUGAGCACCCCGAACUCUGGAGAUGUGAUUGCCGAUAGCAUUGGCAACAGCGGUAGCUACACCUGGCAUGUGCCCGAGAACCUCGUGGCCAACCAGAAGUACACCAUUGAGAUCAUUGACGACAGCGACUCGAACGAGUACAACUUCUUGCCUCCGUUCACUGUGGCCGGUGCUACUGGUUCUGCUCCUGCCUCCAGCACUUCCGCUGCUACCACCUCUGAGGCUGCCACUACCACUUCUUCCGAGGCCACCACCAGCACCUCCGCCUCCAGCAGCAGCGCCUCCAGCAGCUCGUCCAGCUCGUCCAGCUCUACAGUCGCCAGCACCAGUGCUAGCUCCACCAGCGCCAGCUCUACUAGCGCUAGCUCUACCAGUGCCUCCUCGAGCAGCGCCUCCACCAUGACCACAUCGGCCUCGAGCUCCACCACUGCUUCUUCCAGCCCGACUCCCACCGCCAGCUCUAGCACUGCUCCCUCCAGCACCGCUUCCGAAAGUUCCGUCCCUACCGCCAACGCUGGUGUCGUGAACGGAGUUUCGGGCGGCAUGUUGGCCAUGGUCGCUGGUGUCUUUGCUCUGCUGUAA